GGACCUGCCGCGGGGACGCUGCCGGGCGAUAGCAGCGGCGUGCGCGGCCCGGCGUGGUGGGGAAGUUGGGCUGUGUCCCCGUCGCACGUCUCCUGUUCAAUGUACCGCCCCGGGGCAGUGUGCGGCAUGCGAGUAGUGGCUCUUAUCAGUGGUGGGAAGGACAGCUGUUAUAAUAUGAUGCAGUGUGUUGCUGCUGGGCAUCAGAUUGUUGCUCUAGCCAACUUAAGACCUGCUGAAAGCACAGGGCAGACUGAUGAAUUGGACAGCUAUAUGUAUCAGACAGUAGGACACCAUGCCAUUGAUCUGUAUGCUGAUGCAAUGGAUUUGCCACUCUAUCGUUGUUUCAUAAAGGGUACCAGCAUAAAUACUGGAAGAGUGUACACGACAUGUCAGGAAGAUGAGGUCGAAGAUCUUUACCACCUCUUGAAACUUGUUAAGGACAAAGAAGCAGUGGAGGGUGUGUCUGUGGGAGCUAUUCUUUCUGACUACCAGAGAGUUCGAGUUGAAGAUGUAUGCAGGAGACUUAAUCUUCAGCCUUUAGCUUACCUUUGGCGUCGGAAGGAGGAAAUAUUGCUUAAAGAAAUGAUAUCAUCUAACAUUGAAGCCAUAAUCAUAAAAGUGGCAGCUUUUGGUUUAGAUCCAGAUAAGCAUCUUGGAAAAACAUUGGAUCAGAUGGAGCCUUAUCUUUUGGAGGUUUCUGAGAAAUAUGGUGUCCACAUUUGCGGAGAAGGUGGAGAAUAUGAAACAUUCACUCUGGACUGCCCUCUCUUUAAGAAGAAAAUAGUUGUAGAUUCGUCAAAAGUUGUUAUGCAUUCAGCUGAUGCAUUUGCACCUGUGGCCUACCUUCAUUUUCUGAAAAUGCACCUGGAGAGUAAGGAGAAAUCUUCAGAUACAUUUAUGGUCAAUAGCUGCUCUUGUGAAGUAAGCUGCAACAAUGAUGAUAUUUUACCUUCUUCAGAACUGGAUGAACCGCAGAAUAUCAGUCCAGUCAUCUGGAAAGCUUUGAAACAUGAUUCUUUGGAUUUCAGUAAGACAUUUGGAAGUUCAGGAAAAUCUGUGACUGGUUACCAGUGGUUUUCAUGCAUCACUGCACAGUUUCAUCCAUCAAAAGACAAAAAUGCUCAAGAGGCAGCAAGGGAAGCAUUUUCAUCUCUCCAAGCAACUAUAACUUCAGAGGGAUUGAAACUGAAGGAUAUUAUUUUGGUUCAUCUGUAUAUGAAGAGCAUGAAAGACUUCAAUGUUAUAAAUUCAGUUUAUGUGACAGAAUUUGAUUUGUGUCCACCGGCAAGAGUGUGUGUGGAAACCCUGUUACCUGAUGGAGUACUGUUUUGCAUUGAUUGCCUUGCACAUAGCUGUGACAUCGCAACAGAUGACGUAUUAAGUGAGGAAAAACUGGUCAUGCAUGUACAGAGUAUUUCCCACUGGGCACCUGCUAGCAUAGGACCUUACAGUCAAUCCAUCAAGGUCGGUGAUAUUCUCUACUGUGCUGGACAGAUUGGCCUAGUACCAUGUACUAUGAAACUUGUUAGUGGUGGUGUGUGGACUGAGGCUGCAGUUGCUCUCAGUCAUGUUGAGAAAGUCCUCCAGGCUAUGAGCCAGAAGACUACGCUACGCCAUGUGAUCACAGCAAUCUGCUAUGUAACUGACAGCAAACACAUUCCAGUUGCUCAUUCUAUAUGGAAGAAGAAAUUAAGAGAUUGUACAAAGGUUGAAGAUCCAGAAGCAUAUAAUGAAGUAGCUGCAGAGUGUGGGAUGCUUGCUGUGGUUGUUGUAACUAACUUACCCAGAGAUGCUGCCAUUGAAUGGCAUGUUACUGCAGUAGUUGAUGACCCACUGCACAGAAAACAUUUUGCAAAGAAGAUUUUAUUGGAAGGCUUCCAAAUUGAUUGUGAAUCUGUGAAGUCCAGUUCUGCAUCUUGUGCAUCAGUCUCUGUACGUCUGAGCUUGACUGUACCUCCUGCUUCUCAGCUUGAUUUAGAUGGACCUCUUCAUGACUUAGUUUCUAUGUUUGGACAAGCUGUUGAGAAACUUUCAGAAGAUUUCAAUGCAAGUCCUUUGUCAUUUAGAGCUUUCUUCAAGAAGGAUGUCUUUGAUAUUGGAGUAUUACAAUCAGCUUUAAAGUGGCCCUCAAGCUUCAUUUACAAAUAGCCAUUAACUUUUCAGCCUUCUCCCUAAAUCUGGAUUCAGCACCAUGAGAGGAAAAAUGAUGAUUUUAUUACCCAAAAGUUUAAUUCAUUACCUGAAUAGAUUUGCAUGCUUACAUUUAAUACAUCUAGGCAAGUUCAAAUAAACUUCCUUUGCUUCUGGAGUGCUUGUGGAUGCAUGAAUCAGAAUGGGACACACAAGUCACAAGGGGAAACAGUCCUGAUAUCCAAAAUAGAACUUAUGUGUGUCCUGUCAAUUAAGGGUAGCCUAAAUUUGCUUAUGCCUGCCUUUGUAGACUUCCUUAAGAUAUUGAGUGUUUAGACGUCUCUUUGUCAUAAUUUCUGCUACUUCCUAAGAUAGUAUGUUUCAUUGCAAGCCCAGUUGGCUAUAACAAGUUAUUUUCACUACUGAUGGGAUGGUAGGUAAAACUAUCUUUCAAACACAGAGAAGUGUUCUACUAGGAAACUGAGUAACACAGGUAUGUUCUGAUCAUGAAAAUCUGAGACCUAAUGCAUGGAGUUUUCAAAAUAUUCUUCCCUUGAUAUGGCUGCCAGAACACAAAUGAUACUGAGAGAGAAGUUUUUCAGUUGCAAUUAUUAAUUCAUCUCAGGUAGUGCUGAUUGUUAACCAUCUGUAUGAUGAUCCAUUACUGACAUGUUUGAUCUUCAACAUGUGUUAGACUUUGCUAAUCCCACAAGUAGACCUGUCCUUUUGGAGUUUUCAACUACAAUCAGAUCCAUUGUCUGCUGGGGAAUGAUAAUAUUAAUAACCUAACAGAGGAUGCUAGACACUGCUUUUCAGAUAUUUUUAAUGUGAAGCCCAUCAGACAGAUGUAUCUGUAAUGGAAUAGAUAGAAAUUAUUAUAGAUAGGGCUGAGGAAGUAACUAUUCCAGUCUUGCUGAAGUUCAGGUGGAAUUCCAUCAUGUCAUAAGAUUGGUAAAUAAUCUAGAAGAAUUCUUGAAAGAGAUUGAAUCACAGUGUAUUGUCUCUUCUAGCAAAAGCAUGAAAAUGUAAUAAAGUUACCUUUUUUUUCUUAGAUAUAAAACUUAAAAUAACUGGAGUAAAAGAAUGCUGCCACAGAUAAUCUCAAAGAAACUUCUGAUGAGACUAAUGCUUUUCCUGAUGCAAAGAAAUUGAACAUUUAGUAGGAAUGGUCCAAAUAAACUGGAGAAGCAAGUUUGUACCUGACCCAGUAAGAUGAGAACAAAGAAUAUAUGUAUAUAUGUGUAUUUAUAUAUAUAUAUAUACACUCUAUCUACUGUAACAGGUUACUGAAAAUUGCUAUAGCAAGUGUUAUUGAUGUCAAAAGAAGCUAAAGGUUUGCAAUGCAAAUUUGAGACAGAUAGCUUUCUGUCAUCCUAAGACAAGAUGUUAAGUUUUAUUAAACUAAAUGUAGUAUUGAUGAUGAACUUCUCAGAGGCAAUCCCUCAUAACAUACGAGAGCAUUAUGGGCACCAUGCUGAGACUGCAGAACGCAUAGAAGUAGGAGGAUUAGAUUAAGCUGACAUACAUACUUAGUAAGAUGCUGUUAAGCCUUUAGAAGUCUUUAACAUAAAUUUGACUAUUUCUUUCUUAUUCUCAUUUAAAUAUGCAUUAAUAUAAAUGUGUCAGGAUGAUUUGCUAUACCAUCCAUUUGACUAGAUUAUACUUCAGUAUAGGGAAGUUGAAUGCUCAUAAGUCAUCCCAUUAUGAUUUCACAAGCCUUGUUCACAAGAUGUAUGCAAAACAUUUUUGAAUAUUUAUUAGGGAGUAGAAAAGGUCCUGCAUUCACCAGAACAUCAUAUUACAUAAUCUUUUUUUAAUACUAUAGAAAAUAUGAAGGGGGAAUAUAAAAAGGCAAAAGCAAACGGGAAUAGAAAUACAGUCUGGUAUCAGCAUUAAAAUGAAUAUGUAACCAUUUUAAAAUGUGGCUUUAGCUGUAAAUGCUUAGAACUAAAAGGGUUUUUGUACUCACAUGUUUAUCAAGCUUCAAUUAUACUACACUUAAUUUAAAAAAAUAAUUAUAAUACCAAUUGAGUAGAGUUCAACCAGACUCGAAAAAAUCUCGCUUGAAAUGGGACUUUUUCUUCUGGUGAAACAGACGCCCUUGUGAUUAGGCACUCAUUUAAGAAUCCUUGCACUGACACAGUAACUCCCUGAAUCAUGUAAAAUAUACUGCUUCUAAACUAAGUAUUCCAUUAAUUAAGAUACUUCCAUUAAUUGUGUUAUCAACACACAUUUUUUCUAGAUGUUUUCCGAAGUAUGUGGUUUCUAGUAUUGAUAGAUAUAAGUUUUGUAGUGUAAAUCUCAGAGAAGUGGAAGUGCACCAAGUGAAGAUGCCAGUCCAUUUUUAACAUGUGCAUGUCUAUGUGCACUAGGCUUGCAAAAAGUAAAGCUAAAUUAAUUUUUCAAUAUCUAUUUGCUUGUUUGUCCUAAAGGAACAUAUAGCAAAGCCAAGCAACUAGUGGGUAAUUACUAACAGACAUAGUCAAAAAACAGAUUUAUAAUCCAGCUAUAUUUCUUAACCUAUGCAAUUUUAAUGUCCUGAUUAUCACAAUAGUUGCAACAUCAAAUCUAGAUUAAGAAGACAAGAAGAUGUAAUUUCUAGUGAAGAUAAUGGAAACGACACCAGGAAUUAAGUACUACUGAGACUUCUGAGAUUUGAAAAUGUCUUCUGAGGAAUUUGUCAAGGCAGUUCCACAACCCUCCUUGUCUUACUGAGAUUAUCAGUUUAAGAAUGAGGAAUUUCAUUUUUUAACAAGUAGGAAAACUUAUUCAAAGCAAGAUAUCAAUGACAAUAUAAGGUGCUAUUCUACAAAUGUACAUAUCACAUUUAUAUAUACAAUUUGUAUUGUAUAUAUAUGUAUAUGUAUACAAUAUAUAUACAAACUGUUUGUGUAAUGAUGAAGAAUCCUAGAAAUCACAGAUGUAGACAUUUACAACUAUAUACCCAGUUACACAGUCAAAUAACCUGUUUUCUCAAGGUUAUUUAUAAAAUGUAUAUUGGGCAAAAGAAAUGGAAAUCAAGAAUAGAUUGAGUUAUCCAGAAGUAAUUGAGUAGAUGCAAUGAUUUUAAGAAGUUUCUGCAGCUUUAACUCUCUGGUCAUUCUCCAGAAAUAUGGGCAAGCAGCUCCAGUAGCUGCAAUGACUUCAGAGGAUCACAGUGUUUUUUAUCUAGAUUUCAGCAUAGCUGGAUGAUUCUUGUCUACUUGCUGUGUUUUUUCCACGUUCAUUAAUAAUCCCUUAGCUACUGGUACAAUAAGAAUACAGCAAAUGAGCACGGAGUCUCAGACAAUUCAAGAAUAAGGGUAGAGAAUACGCAAACAGCAUUUUCAGUAUUGCAUCUCUCAUCACACAUAGAUCUAAUCACAGAUGUGAUACUGCCUUUUGCCUUUUUUGAGAUAUUAAUGUAAUUAUGACUACUUAUGAGGGGACGAGUUCCGUAUACAUGUUACAGUUCUCUGUUUAUCUGUUUUUCAGUAGGUAGGGAAAGCGACACUGUGGAUUGCCUCAGUCCAGAAGAAAAUUCUAGUUGCUUUUUUGCUAUAAGUUAAACCAGUGUAACACAGUGAGUGACUUUCAGUAUUGAAGUAAGUGGAAGGAAUUAAGAGUAAUAAUGUGAUCAAAACCACAUUCUGCUAACUUCCAAGAUCUAUCUUGUAGCUUCAGAACAACACACCUCAAAAAUUUAAAUAUUCUAUCAGAUUAUCCAGUUGCCAAUCUACAAGUGUUCCCUACAGCAUAGUUUCAGUGCGUUAAAUUAUAGACUACUUUCCAGGUCUGAAUGAUGAUCUUUUCCCUUUAAAUAUCUGAGAGUCUAUAAGAGGACAACCUUUCAACAUUCAUCUAUUUAAUCCAUUUUUUUUUUAAUUUUCUUUAAUCUUGUUCUUAUUUUUCUUUCAUCCCAAUGUCCAUAGUCAUAAUCAUACUUGCUAGUUCAUAUUUUAGUUUGUUAUUUGUCACCUGUGAAACACAGAUACUCCUUUUUCUUCCUGUUUUUACAUUCAUCAGAUAUUCAUAAGCCACUAUCAAGUUCUCCACACUCAGUCAUACCGAUGUUGCUAUAUCAAAGCAAGCUGUUCACAAUCAACUAUUUCUUUCAUUACCCAUGUUUUUUCCUAUUCCUUGGAACCAUUUUGGUAUGUUACAAAGUUAAUGCAUUGUGCAGAACUGAAGGCAAUUUUUUGUCUACAUUUUGUACUUACUAGGAGAGCAUUUAUGAUAGGCUACAAUUUGCGGUUAAAAAUAAAAUUGAUUUGUAUCUGACCAGCUUUGCAAUCAUUGCUUAAUGAAGUAGUUACUGUGGCUAACAGAUAAUUUGGCCAAACAGAAAUAUUUUUAAAAUAUCAUGAUGCUGUCUGAAGUAGACUAAAAACCGAGCCUGGUUUUCUAACAAAUCUUAUUAAUAUAGGCUAAAAGAAAAAACUGAGAAGUUGCCAAACUGAAAGAGGAAAAUUUCACUCUAAAUUCUUUAGGUUUCCUGUUAAAAAAAUAAAGAAUUUUUCAAGUGUACUUCUUCAAGCAGUAGAACUAUGUCACUACUGAAAAAAUAGAGAGAAAAAAAAAAAAAGUUAAAUUAGUCCUUGGGGAAGUGAAUCAGACUAUAAUAUAUAUAAGCAAUUAGGAAACACUGACGUGAUUCAUGAGUGUGUUUGAAAUGACAUUUUAAAAGGGUAAAAGCAGCUAAAUUUGGUCUUGGGCUACAGAGCUGGCUUUGUAAUCUUGCUACUGCUAUCCAAAAUAACCAGCUGAAGAACCUAAUAUAUUAAAUGACUGCUAAAAGGCUGAAAGUUUUUGUACCUGUUUUCAAGGCUGUGUUGUUACUAUACCUACUACACUUCACUGUGAACAUCUCGUAUAAAAUUAUGGGGGAAUAAUUUUGUUUGUUAUCAAAGACAUAAAGAUUUCUUUUUUUUUUUUUUUAUAAUACUGUUUCUUGAAUGAAUUUGCAUAGGAAAGUGUAUUAUAACUGGACACAGUCUAAAGUAUAUUAAGUUCCUAUUUCAGAGCAGUCGCCUUUUUUUCUUUUAGAAUAAGAAAUUUAUUUUCUAACUACUUGGUGCCAAGGGCAGGUACCAAAGUUACAGCUUCUUCUUUACUCAAGGCAUGUGACAUCUGAAGGUUAUGUAUUGCAUAGCUGUAUAUGAAAACCUUGGCUAAAACUUUAAAUUGAAAUAGGUUCUUUUAUUGAUUCACUCAAUGUUGGAAUAAACACUUUGAUACAGAGCUAUAACAAUGCAGUUGUUUUAAAGCUGUGUACAAUCUCACUUUUCUUUCUGGAUUUCUGCUACUGAAAUCUUAGAUACAUUUAUAGGAGAUUCUGUGCUCCCUAUCAUGUUUUCACAUUCUGUUGACGUGUUUUUGAGUUCUUCAGUAACAUCUCUCUUCUUGUUUUCUUUUUCUUUGCUCUCUUGUUCUACUUUUUCCUCAUUUAAACAGAUUAGUAGAUGAUAAUACCUUUUGAUAAAGAGAAUAUGGCACUAAGAAGACUCAAUACGUUUAUGUCGGUAAACUUAAAGAUAAACUCUGCAUACAAAUGUAGGGUAUUCUGUGAGUUCAUUCCUACCAGAGAUGUAUUCUUGCUCUGAAAAAUACAAAACAUUUAUAAGUCUUUAUCAUUAAGUAGCAAUAAAAAGCAUAAUAUUGAGAUUUUUAAUUAUCAGAUUCCUUGACAGAAAUGUCCAUACUUGUCCCUAAAGUCAGACUAUUUUCAUUUUUACAGACCAAAAGCUUAUGUUUUCGCAUUGUUUUGAGCUCUGUGAGUUACUAAUGAGAUAAGUUAUUUAAGCUAGAACAACUUCAUCUUUAUCAGGUGGUUUUGGAGGCUUUUUUUUUAUUUAUUUAAAAGAUUUUUUUACUUUUUGUCCUGUUAUCCCUUCACCAUUUUUGUAUCAGUAGUGUAAAUUCAAAUUAUGCAGGAAAGCACAGAAACUAAAGCAGAACAAGUUUGAGUAAACUAUAUUGCUAUUGCAUAGUGUAAUUUUUUGUGUUCUGUUUCUCAGGGCAGUGAUGGAAUUGUGUAGUAUAAAGUUGUAUGCUGUAUGAAUGGAGAAUUUUGAUAAAGAAUAUUUUUGCAAGCUAAUGACUCAAUGAGGAGCAGAUUUGUUGCUCUUGCAAGUAUUUGUCAUAUUAGAUAGACAUUUAGGUUUGUAAGGUUUGUAAGAUAUUGGCAGAUACUAAUGAAAAUUAGUUUGGUACAUGA